AUGGAGGGGUGCUCAGAGGAAGCCAGCCUGCUGCGGCACCUGGAGAAGGUGGCCAGUGAGGAAGAAGAGGUGCCCCUGGUGGUCUAUUUAAAGGAGAACGCAGCCUUGCUGACGGCCAAUGGGCUCCACCUGUCCCAGAACCGAGAGACCCAGAAGAGUCCGCCCACCCCGCCUCCAGCUGAGGUCCACAGCCCAGCUCUGGAUGUCAACCAAAACCUGGCGUCCCCCAGUGCCACACUCGUCACACCAGCUUCUAACGAGAGCCACAACCUGCCAGCCACAGACGUCAACCAGAACCCGGCGGCGGCCGGCACCCCUCAGAGCCUGCCGUUUUCUAGCCGUCAGCACAAUUCCUCGGAGGCUCAGCUCCCAGCGCCCGGCACAGGACCAGACUCUACACCCAGCACCCAGGGUGCCGGCGGGCAACCUCGGGAGCAGGUGAGACCCAGCACACUCCUAACCGACAAGGCGUCAGCGCCAUCGGCCGCCAGCGGCACCUUCCCCAGAGAAGCGGCUCCCAGCUCCGGGUCCCCAGGCCCAGGCUUCAUGUCCAGCUCCCUGCUCGUCGAUGUCCAGCCCAGCGCCCCAGCAGGACAGGAGACACCGGGGCGGGCGGCGGCCACCACGCCCACCAAGAUGUACAGCGAGGUCCACCUCACGCUGGCCAAGCCCGCGUCCGUGGUCAACAGGACGGCCAGGCCCUUUGGGAGCCAGGCACCAGGAGGCACUGGCCCGAUGGAGCGGAGCCCCAUGGUAGAGAGAAGACAGCUCGGAGGGAAGGCCCCGGCUUCCCAGCCCCCCAGCAUGGCCGACAGGAGCCCUCGGCCGCAGAGACACGUCAUGUCCCACAGCCCCAUGGUGGAGAGGCGGCCCAUGGCACAGCGCAGCCCCGCCCUGGAGAGACGCCCCGUGGGGAACUUCACCCCACCCCCCACGUACGCUGAGACCUUGUCCACGGCUCCCCAGGCUUCCCGGGUGAGGUCUCCCCCCUCUUACUCCGCCUUGUACCCCAGCUCUGACUCCCAGCCUUCCCACGUGAAAGGCCAGGCGGUUCCCGCCGGCAAGACGGGGAUUUUGGAGGAGUCCAUGGCCCGGAGGGGCAGCCGGAAAUCCAUGUUCACCUUCGUGGAGAAGCCCAAGGUGACGCCAAACCCAGACCUGCUGGAUCUGGUGCAGACAGCUGACGAGAAGCGGAGGCAGAGGGACCAGGGGGAGGCCAGCGGGGAGGAGGAGCCCUUCGCGCUGGGGGCCGAGGCCUCCAACUUCCAGCAGGAGCCGGCGGCACCCAGGGACAGGGACAGCCCCACCACGGCCGAGAACGCCGUCCCCGAGUGGGCCUCCUGCCUCAAGUCCCCGCGCAUACAGGCCAAGCCGAAGCCCAAACCCAACCAGAACCUGUCCGAGGCCUCCGGGAAAGGGGCGGAGCUCUACGCCCGCCGCCAGUCCCGCAUGGAGAAGUACGUCAUCGAGUCCUCGGGCCACGCUGAGCUGGCCCGCUGCCCUUCGCCCACCAUGUCCCUGCCCUCGUCCUGGAAGUACUCCCCUGGCAGCCUCCGCGUGGCCUCCCGAAGCCCGGCUCGGACCCCGCCCGCCUCCCUCUACCACGGCUACCUGCCUGAGAACGGGGUCCUGCGCCCGGAGCCCGCCAAGCAGCCGCCCUACCAGCUGCGGCCCUCGCUCUUUGUCCUCUCUCCCAUCAAGGAGCCAACCAAGGCCUCGCCGAGAGCCGCCUCACCCGCCAAGCCGGGCUCUCUGGACCUGGCGCCCAGCCUGCCCAAGGCGACCGUCCCGCGGUCACCAGCCCUGCCCCGGCCCUCCCGCUCCUCGCCAGGCCUCUACACAGCCUCGGGCCAGGACGGCCUGCAGCCCACUGCCGUGAGCCCCACCUACAGCAGCGACAUCUCCCCCGUGUCUCCCUCCAGAGCCUGGUCUCCCCGGGCCAAGCAGGCCCCCAGGCCCUCCUUCAACACCCGGAAUGUCGGGAUCGAGGCUCAGGACCGCCGCGAGAGCCUGCCCACCUCCCCGCCCUGGACGCCCAGCGCGUCCCGGCCUCCCAGCAGCCUGGACGGCUGGGUGAGCCCACGGCCCUGGGAGCCGGGCCGCGGGGGCAGCAUGAGCAGCCCCCCGCCGCUGCCUCCGCCGCCGCCCAUGUCCCCCUCGUGGAGCGAGCGCUCGGUAUCCCCACUGCGACCUGAGACACGACCUGAGACGGAGGUGCGGCCCCCCAGCCGCCAACUGCAGGCUCUGCUGGCCCGAAACAUAAUCAACGCGGCCCGGCGCAAGAGCGCCUCCCCGAGGCCGGCGGGCGCCGAGAGCCUGCGGCCCUUCUCCCCGCCCAGGGCGCCGCUGCCGCCGCCGCCACCACCGCGCAUGCGCUCGCCGCAGCCCGCCCGGCCCGGCCCAGUGGCUACCUUUGGGGCCACAUUCGCCCCAAUCCCGCGGAGCCCGCUGCUGGCCGGGCCCUCGCCCUGCGCCAGCCCCCGCAGUCCGCCCCCCGCACCGUCCAGGCCCUUCCCCUAUCGCCGCUCGCCCACGGACUCUGAUGUGUCCCUUGACUCCGAGGACUCCGGGGCGAAGUCGCCCGGCAUCCUGGGCUACAACAUCUGUCCCCGUGGGUGGAAUGGGAGCCUGAGGCUCAAGCGUGGCAGCCUCCCCACCGAGGCCUCCUGCACCACCUAA